AUGCCAAAGUCCUCAUAUACCGCUAUGGGCGACCCGAAGAUGUCCUAUCCCCACAACGGGAUGUCUUUUAUCAACCUUCGUCCUGCCGCUGCCCUCAACAUUGGCGUCACCGCCAGUGUCUUCACCGCCGCCAAAUCGAACUUCAUUCCUGACGAACUCGACGCCACCAUAGCCUCGGUUAUCGCUGCAACAUAUGUCGCAGGUUCAGCCGCGUAUCUCGCCCGCGAUUUCUACUCCUCUACGCCUGUACAAGAGAUCUUUUCCCGCCGUUAUGGCCUAGGCGAGAUCAUCGACGCCGACAUCCUCCUGCCCCACCCGGAAGUCCUCAUCCACGACGCCAAGGUCUAUGGCGCUGCUUGCAUGCGUCCUCAGCUCGCUGCCUGCGAAAAUGAGCGCGCCAUCAACAACACCCUGAAUGUAUGCGCCUCUACAGACGGACCAGAGACGGAUCUCGCCAUCGUGGUUCAAGGCGGGGGUGUCUGCUCGCCCGGUGAUGCUCCUCUUGUCGUCGACAGCAAAGUCUUCGGGCCGGCGUGCAUGAAACCCUCUCAGCUGGCCCUCUUCGAAUAUGAACGUGCCAUCGACAACAUGCUCACUUCCUGCCCCUCUGGCGAUGCCCCUGGCAAGAAUAUCGCCGUCAUGAUUCAAGGCGAGGGUUUUUGCUUGCCAGAAGAAGCUCCCUUCGUCGUUGGCUGCAAGAUUUAUGGACCAGUCUGCAUGAGGCCCUCCCAACUAGCCGCAUUCACGGACGAGAAGAUCGUGUGUGCCUCAGGCGAUGGAUCACGUAGGAGUUUCCGAUUUGCGGGAUCAGAGGUUGCUGCUGGAAGCGGUCUGCCAUACUCUUCGACUCAGGGAGGCAGUGGACCUGGCGAAGAGUCAGGAAAUGGUUCGGCGGGUAACAGCGCCUCUAGUGGCGAUCCCCGCCAACCUACUCGUACUGUUGCCAACGGCAGCAAGCUUCCCAACAAGAAGGGAUCUACCUCAAAGCUUGUAGGCAACAAUGACUCUCCCCCUCCACCGCCACCGCCACCUCCCACUCCCGCUGUGGAAGAGCCCGAGCCCUCGACUAACAGCAACAACACCCACCUCAUUUUCGCCAUCAUUAUCGGUGUUAUCCUCGUCACCAUUUGCGGUGCUGCACUCAAGUCUUCAUCUGUGAAGCGUUUUUAUCCCUCUAUUCGUGCCCAGGCGACCAAGCGAUCUUGGCGUCAGAAACCAACCGUCGUCGUUUCGCGUGCUACCGCGCUCCUAAUCCUCGCGUUCAUGGCCUUCUUCUACGUGGAUUGUUACGUCAAUCCUUGUGGCCGUUCCCUGAAACCUGGGGAGGCGAUAUCUCAACCCACGUCUUUCGUCGUCGCUUUUCAACGCCGAGUGGUCGCUCCUCAACCUCGGUUGGUCGUUCCUCAACCUCAAAUGGUCGUUGUUCCUCAGCCCCUGGUCACCGAACCUCCUAUGCGUCUCGCCUUCGACAAGAGCUAUUAUACCAUGGACUAUCGCUUGAUGGCCAGUCCCACCGCCCGUGCGACUAGUGUUCCUCUGUCAAGCAGUGCCUCUCUUCUUGACGACGAUCUCAUGGUUUGGGGCUUCCUAGUGCUAGCCUUGCUCCUCGUCCCGUAUAUCAUCUACGAAUUCGUCAAGUUCAUCCGCAGGAUUUGGAUCAACUCGAGAUCGGACAAGUGGUUGUUUGCGCGACGCGUUGAACCUGCCAAAUCGGAGUCGAUGCCUAUCUCUUCUCCUGAACCUGUGCUUGUCUACACCUCUCAGAUUGCUAUUCCCAAUGCCGGGAAAUCCGAAGAUCCCUUGUCUGGUGUCAGUGACGAUGAGACGCCCUUUGUCGACAUCCAAACCGAAUUCUCUUCCGGUCAGGACUCCACGAGCGUCCCCGACUUUGAGGUGACAAGGCCAGUCAUCGACAAGGGGAAAGGCAAGGCUGUCGAGGACGAGGACGAUGAAACCAUCGAGACGGAGGUCGACGAAACCUAUGAUACCCCUCUCUCGGAAUUUGAGGAGGCAUUUGAAGAGAUGGAAGAAGCCGCCCAGAUGCUCGCCAUAGAGCCCCCAGAUGCCUCCUUCAGCAACGAUGCCCUCGAUAAAGUGGAGUCUGCCAACGAUCCACUCGAGGUGCUCGAGAAGACGGAGGAGGUCACACAGAUGCACGCCGUAGAGGCAGUAGCCUCCUCCAGCAGUCUCACCCUCGACUCGGCCAGUUUUGUUCCUGCCCCUCCUCCCGUCGCCUCUUCUUCCUCCGCCACCUCCCCACCUACGUCAAUGUCUCCAUCUGGACUCGUUCCCACAACUACGGCGACCGAACUCCUGGAGUCCAGUGAGGAAGCUCCAGGCGAAGUUCCUGGCCGUCGCCGUCGCAAGCGCAGACACAAACGAGACCCCGAGACGCACAACACCCGCCGGCGUCGUGGCCGUCGCCACCCUCAUAACUGGAAGAAGAACCAGAAUGGGGAGGAUGACGACGAGGGGGCAGAGAACGAGGCAGACUAG